AGGACUCACCCGGGCUGCCCCACACUCCGUGUCUUGGACCCUCUCUUGGGAGGAUGAUCAGCAAAAACCGACCCGGACAGGGACACGGCCAGGCCGGUUCCGAGGCGGGGCAAAGCCUCCCCCUCCCGCACCGCCCCUGGGGACUUUGAGCGGAGCGGUUGCUGCCCCCUCCAUCCCGUUCCGCCCCCCACCUCGCCAUUUACCGCCCUGCUCGCAGCCAUGGCGGGUCGGUACCGGCUCCUCUUGGAGAACGCCCAGCAGCUGGUGCUGGUUUGCAGCCAGGGAGAGGAGUACCUGAGGCGGGAAGGGUCCGCCAGCCUGGCCCUGCUGCGGAACGCCAGCCUGGUGGUGGGGCUGGAUGGUUGUAUCAAAGCUGUGGGCUUGGUAGAUGUCAUUCGCGAUCAGUUUUCAGGAGCAACAUUUGAAAGAGUAAUUGACUGCUCUGGCAAGUGUGUUAUACCGGGUUUGGUAGAUGCACAUACACAUCCAGUGUGGGCUGGUGAUAGGGUUCAUGAGUUUGCAAUGAAGCUGGCAGGUGCAUCCUAUAUGGAGAUCCACCAGGCUGGGGGGGGAAUACAUUUUACUGUGGAGCACACACAGAAGGCCACAGAAGAAGAGCUGUUCAGUACCUUCAAGCACCGACUGGAAUGCAUGUGCAGAGCAGGAUCCACCUUGGUUGAGUGCAAGAGUGGAUAUGGCUUAAACUUAGAAACAGAGCUUAAAAUGCUCAGGGUGAUCGAACGGGCCAAGCAGACCAUGGAUAUUGGCAUUUCAUCAACUUACUGUGGAGCUCAUGCUGUGCCAAAAGGGAAAACUGCUACUGAAGCCACAGAUGACAUUAUCAAUAACCAUCUCCCUAAACUGAAAGAACUCCAACUAAGUGGUGAAAUACAUGUUAACAAUAUAGAUGUGUUCUGUGAAAAGGGAGUCUUUGAUCUGGAGUCUACCAGGAGAAUUCUUCAAGCUGGAAAAGAUAUAGGGUUACAGAUUAACUUCCAUGGAGAUGAACUCCAUCCAAUGCAAUCUGCUGAGCUUGGGGCUGAACUAGGAGCCCGAGCUAUCAGCCACCUGGAAGAAGUUAGUGAUGAAGGAAUCACAGCAAUGGCAAGAGCUAAGUGUGCUGCUGUCCUUUUACCAACAACUGCCUACAUGCUAAGACUGAAGCAACCUCAAGCUAGAAAAAUGUUAGAAGAAGGAGUUAUUGUUGCUCUUGGCAGUGACUUUAACCCUAAUGCAUACUGCUUUUCAAUGCCUAUGGUGAUGCAUCUGGCCUGUGUAAACAUGAAGAUGUCGAUGAAUGAAGCACUAGCAGCUGCCACCAUUAAUGCUGCUUAUGCUCUGGGAAAAUCAGAUAUGCAUGGCUCCAUAGAGACUGGCAAGCAGGGGGAUCUUGUUAUCAUAAAUUCAUCAAGGUGGGAGCACCUGAUUUACCAGUUUGGGUGUCAUGAAGAAUUGAUCAACUACAUUAUAAUUAAAGGAAAAGUCAUCUAUCAAAAUGAGAGGUGUGGGACAAUGAGUAGUUACUGAGAGGAGACAGUAAUUUACAAAGCUGCUAUAAUGAGAUUAGCAUGGAAUAUUUCAAGGCAACAGACAAAUCAGAUUUGUACUUACUGGUAAAUUGUUUUCUUGUUUAUCUUGCCAAUCCAUUUAUUCAAAAGCAUUACCCAUCUGGUACAUCUUCCUGUCCAUUGUCCCUGUCUCCUCUGAAUAAAAAUAGUUUUGAAUUGUAUCUAUAUGAAA